AUGAAAGAAAACUUUUGUACUGGCAUCGAUCUUUUGACAGAACGAAAUGCACUUGGAGAAAUUCUUUAUGAUCUUCAAGAAUUCACGAAGGCAAAAUAUUGCUUCGAACAAGCACUGGGUGGUGAUUAUGAUGCUUAUCUUAACAUCAGCAAAACAAGUAGUUUAUGCCUACGCGCACUGACUAAUCUUGGGAUGACACUUUCCUGUAACGAACUCGGAAAAAAGCAGGAAGCCGAACGAUGUAUAAAGAAAGCACUUCCAUUCAUCGAAAAGAAAACUCCAGAUUUUCCAUUUAGGGGUCGAAUAUUCAACAAUAUUGCAAUGGUGUACUAUCAUCAUAUGAUCUAUGCAGAAGCAAAAACAUUUUUGGAAAAAUCCUUUGCUUAUGACAAGAAACAAUAUGGCGACAAUCAUCCAACAUUAGCCAUACAUUUGAAUAACCUCGGUUUGGUGCUAAAAGAUCUCAGACAGUACGAGGAAGCCAAGAAAUGCAUUGAAAGAGCACUCGAUAUUGCCGAACGUCUGUAUGAUGAAAACCAUCCAACAUUAGCCAUACAUUUAAAUAACCUCGGUUUGGUGCUGCAAGAUCUCAGACAGUACGAGAAAGCCAAGAAAUGCAUUGAAAGAGCACUCGAUAUUGACGAACGUGUGUAUGAUGACAACCAUCCAACAUUAGCAAUUCAUUUAAAUAACCUCAAUCUCAGACAGUACGAGGAAGCCAAGAAAUGCAUUGAAAGAGCACUCGCUAUUGCCGAACGUGUUUAUGAUGACAACCAUCCAACAUUAGCAAAUCAUUUAAAUAACCUCGGUUUGGUGCUACAAGAUCUCAGACAGUACGAGGAAGCCAAGAAAUUCAUUGAAAGAGCACUCGCUAUUGACGAACGUGUAUAUGAUAACAACCAUCCAACAUUAGCCACUCAUACAUUUGAGUAA